AUGAUCGUUUAUGACAAAAAUCUGUUUUAUGCAGCUUGGCUUGAACAUUAUAGUCGUCAUCAACACAAUGUCACAAACGAAGAAAUAUUUACAUCAAAACCGCUACGCUAUGUAGACGAAUUGUGCGACUUAUAUGUAACUAACUGUAAUAUGAGUGAGAAUACAGAUACUCAUGAAAAACAAACACAAACGAAAUCAUCAACUAUUGUAGAGAAUGAUGUUAGAGUAAAGAAAGCGUGUGCUUUCACAGCAGGUGUCUUGGAGCGUCUUAGUAAUCAACGGAGUACAACGGAAUUUUGUGAUCUUGUCUUAUUAGCCGGUGGCCAAACAUUUAAUGUACACAAAUGUUUGUUGGUGGCAUCGUGUGAUUAUUUUGAUGCAUUAAAUCGAAGUGGAAUGCAAGAAACAAGACAGGACUCUAUUGAACUGAAAGGUGUAUCAGCAAGUGGAUUGAAAGCUGUACUCGAUUUUAUAUAUACAGGAGAAUUAAAAUUAAGUCUUGAAAACAUUGCUGAAGUUUUGAGAGCCGUAUCUCAUCUACAAGUUCAUCAUGCAUCAAAAUUAUGCGAAGAUUUUUUGAUCGAAGAAACAACAGUGGAAAAUUGUGUAGAUAUUAACAAGUUUGUCUUGCGAAAUUUUCCAAAAGUUGUUAUAAAUGAUCAGUUUAAACGUCUAACCUAUGAACAAAUAUUAUAUUUGAUCCAAUCAAAUGAAUUUCGUUUGUAUCCAGAAAUAAAAGUUUUUGAAAUGUGUGUAGAUUGGAUGAAACAUGAUGAGCCAAAACGUAUGAUGUAUAUUAGCGAACUGAUGCAACAUGUACGAUUUCAAACCAUGAAACCUGAAGAAUUUGUUGAUUUGGUUGUAAAUAAACAUGAAUUUAUGCGAACCGAUCCACAAUGUGUUAAAUAUGCAUUUGAAGCCUAUGAAUAUUUUGCUAUUCCUACACGACAAUACUCAUCAAUAUCGCCACGAAGUAUGAUUAGAAAUGAGCCAGCAAUGGUGUGUGUUAAUGAAUCCAUGUAUAUUCUCAAUAAAAAAGAAGAUGUUUGGCAAUAUAUGUGUAAUUCAUUAGCAACAUGGAAAACAUUAAGUCAAAAAUUUGUUGUUGUCAAUAAUUUUCUCUAUGCUUGUGGAGGAUAUAGUGAGAAUAAUCGCGAAACAACAAAUACUUGCUAUCGUUUCGAUCCACGGUCUGGAUCAUGGUCUCAGAUUGCUCAAAUGAAAGAGAAAAGACAGUUUUUUACUCUAGCCGGAUCUCAUGAUUCCAUCGUAGCUGUUGGAGGCGUUUACGGCGAUCGAGGGAAUUUUUAUGCCACUCAUCCAUGUUCAACAGCGAUUGAAGUCUAUAAUAUUGAAAAAGAUCAAUGGCAAAGUUUAGUAUGUCCAAUGCCAAUUUUAAAGUGGCCCGGUGCAUGUGUCUAUUCACAUUUUGCAUUUAUAGUUGGUGGAAAACAUACAGAUGGUUUAAAUCAUCGUUUAUCAACAAAUUCAUACGCUGUUGACUUAAAAACUGGUCAUGUAGAAAUUCAUGAACCCCCAUUAACAGUCAGAUUCAAUCCAACUGUUUUCUAUAAGGAUAAUCGUGUUAUUCUUUUCGGUGGUGAAGACGACAAGUAUCGAUUAGCACCAUGUAUUGAAAUAUAUUGUUUAAUUACAAAUCAAUGGUCGGAAGUUAGUCAUUCGUACCAGUGCAUAUCCAGUUCAUGCAUGAUUGGACAUAAAAUUUCGUAUCUAUUAGAAGAACAUGAUGGUCCAUCAAGUGAAAGCUACAUUUUAAAAGCUUCUGUUUUUGAUAUUGAAAAGAAAACAUUCGAACGUAGUGUGUGUUUACCACAUCCGUCUACACUUGCUUCUAAAUGGUGUUCACUCGUUUUUCCACAAGAAUUUUUAGAACGUUGUCAAAAUCAAUUUCAUCCAUUUGAAAAUGAUCAACAGCAACAACAUAACGGUGGAAACAAUAACGGAGAACACAGCAAUAAUGAUUUCGGUGAAGGCAAUUAUUCGAAUCAAAAUGGUGGUAGUAGUAGAAAUGAGGGUAGCAGUUUUAAUUCUAAUACAUCAUCAUCUGGCCUAUCAAGUUCAUGUGCAAGUCCCAAUGAUAGUUUACGUUAUCGGUUUUACCAUUACGAUCAAUACGUUGAAGAACCGUUACAAAAUAAUAAUAAACAAGUACUAAAGUCAAAGGACGAUAGUUAG